AUUUAAUCCACCCUGGACUCUUCCAGAGCAUUAGCUUUUGAGAACAUGCAGUCAUUUCACUACAUUUCUAAAUAAUAAUAAUAAUAAUGUAUAUUUUGGGAUUAAGAUCUAAAACUGCAUAGUGCCAAUAUUUAAGAGUUAAUCUAAAAUUUCAGAUCUAUAAUGUAGAGGUCAGAAGUGAGAUAUGAGCUGCUUUACUCUGCUGCUUUUCUAAACUUUUUUUGAAUACAAAAAUGGCUUGGUUUGAUAUAGCAGCCAAAAAGUUUGGAUUCCCCAGUAUUGAGCUGUUUGUGAAGGCAGGAAUUGAUGGGGAAAGCAUUGGAAACUGUCCAUUUUCUCAGAGACUCUUCAUGAUCCUUUGGCUAAAGGGAGUCAUCUUUAAUGUAACAACUGUGGACCUCAAGAAGAAACCAGCUGAUUUGCAAAACCUUGCACCGGGAACGAAUCCACCUUUUAUUACCUUUAAUGGUGAAGUGUUGGUGGACGUGAACAAGAUCGAGGAAUUUCUUGAGGAAAAGCUCACACCACCACGGUAUCCAAAGUUGGCUGUUAAACACCUGGAGUCGAACUUUGCAGGAAUAGAUGUAUUUGCCAAGUUUUCUGCCUAUAUCAAGAACUCUCAUAAAUAUGCAAAUGAUGGCUUGGAGAAAGCUCUGCUGAAAUCCCUGAAGAAACUGGAUGAUUAUUUGCAGUCUCCAUUGCCAGAGGAGGUUAAUGCCAGCAACCCUGAUGACCCAGGACCAUCAACACGCAAUUUCCUGGAUGGAUCAGACCUAACUCUUGCUGACUGCAACCUGCUCCCCAAACUACACAUCAUCAGGGUUGUUGCAAAGAAGUAUAGAAAUUUUGAGAUUCCAGCCGACAUGAAAGGGAUUUGGCGAUACCUGAACUCUGCCUACCAGAGAGAAGAGUUUACCAGCACCUGUCCUGCAGAGCGAGAGAUUGAGUUUGCCUAUUUGGAUGUUGUCAAAAAGCUAAUAUAAGUAUGGUGCAUGGUGAAAAUAGACUGAAAUGUGUGAGGGAAAGGAAAAGUGAAUUAAGUAUUAUCUCAGCCAGAAUCACUGACAUGGUGCAUAAAACAUAAAUAAAUCUCUCUCAUCUGUGCUACCACUAACUAGUUUUACAAUGAAAUCACUCUCUCUUAGUUCCUGAUUUAUAUUCUUCAGAUUUAGGAAGAAAAAGCUCAAACACAGAGUUACUAAUUAAUAUGACCAUAAAAUCCUGCAGUUUGAAACAUGGUGCCAUGUAGACAAAGAAACUCAGAGUAACUGAGUUCCUCGGAGCCAAACCAAACUCAUGUAAACCUCACAGUAAAACAAAUAAGUGAUAUAUAUAUAUAUA